AUGUAUAGACAAGUUUUAGUCAGCCCAGUGGAUCGGAAAUUUCAAUAUAUAUUUUGGAGAGCAUCCCCUGAUGCUGAUUUGCAGACCUUUGAGCUAAAUACAGUGACGUAUGGAACGGCCUCGGCCCCAUACUUAGCAGUUCGCAGUUUGCAAUAUCUGGCAGAUCUGCAUGUCAACGAGUUUCCCAUUGGCGCAUCCAUUGUAAAAUCAUCGUUUUAUGUUGAUGAUCUGCUAUGCGGAGCAAACGAGCUCAUCGAGUUGCAGAACAUCAAACACGAGGUCACCGAGAUACUUCGCCGAGGACACUUCCCAUUGGUUAAGUGGCACUCCAAUCAUCCCGCCGUCAGGAACGACGAAUCGGUAAAGGAUUUAAACUUGGAUGAAAACGCUGUCACUAGCGCACUUGGCGUAGCUUGGGAUCAACGUCGUGAUGUGCUACUAUUUGAAUUUAAGCCCAAAAAAUUGUAUUCAACAGUCACAAAGAGGACUAUUCUCUCGACUGCGUCUUCUCUGUUCGAUCCAUUAGGAUUGCUGGCACCAAUCAUUAUCGUCUCGAAAAUCAUCAUACAGGAGCUAUGGCUGCUAAAACUCGCCUGGGAUGAAUCUGUUCCGCAAUCACUUCUACAAGCAUGGAGAAACUGCGUAACGUCUCUCAAGGAAUUGUCGUCGAUCUCAGUACCCCGUUUUUGCUUGCAAGCUGAGCUCACAGACAUACAACUGCACGCUUUCUGUGACGCAUCAAUACGUGCUUACGGCUGUUGCGUAUAUGUGCGUUCCACGGACUCGUAUGGCAAUGUCCAGGUUCAGCUUCUGACUGCUAAAUCUCGGGUGGCUCCUGUCAAGAAGCUGACGCUUCCUCGAUUAGAGUUAAGCGGAGCUCAACUUCUGAGUAAGUUAUAUACAACUGUCAAAAACAUAUUCAUCGGCAAGCCGCACAGCGCGCAUUUCUGGUCUGAUUCGCAGAUUGUCUUGCACUGGCUGCAACAACACUCUAUCACCUUGUCGACAUUUGUUGGAAAUAGAGUAUCCAUUAUACAAGAUCAAACAGCAGAAGAUGGAAAGUGGAGACAUGUACCGUCAAAAUUGAACCCUGCUGACAUAGUGUCACGUGGAUGCCCAGCUAAUGAGCUCCAGCAAUCAAUUUGGUUUACAGGACCUGCGUUUCUGCGUGAUUCCGAGACUCAAUGGCCCUGCCAACAAUUCGACAAUGAUUUGGACAUGGACAUUAUCGAUGCUGAAAAACGGAAGUCUACAUUUGCUGCAAUUAUCGAAAGUAAUUCUAUUCUGGACUGGCUGAACGGAACUAGUUCAUAUAUUCGGGCGCUUCGAGUUAUGGCAUAUAUGUUCCGGUUUUACCAUAUUGCCAAAAAGGAACACCCUGUCGAAAGUUCGCCGCCAUGCCCAGAAGAACUUCGCCACGCGUUGCACUGCAUCAUCAGGAUCAUCCAACAGCACUAUUUCAAGGAAGAUUUGCAAUUGCUAAGGAAACAAAGAGAUUUGAAAAGCAAUCUGAAAUUUCUCAGCCCCUUCAUAGAUGACUCUUCUGGAUACGAGCUCAUUAAGGUUGGCGGCAGACUCGAGCAUGCUGAUAUCUCCCCUCUCGCCAAAGGCAUCCUUUACUUGUUCCCAAGGAAUCGCAAUUUGUCCACAAUUAUGUUCGGCAUCUUCACUUGCGCAAUUACCAUGCAGGACCAAAGGCAUUAG